AAGACACGAGUAUUAUAUUACACUUGUGAGUUUACGUUCAUAGAGACCGGUCAGCAACAUGUCGGCGUUGGCCGAAGGUGGAACAUCCACCAAUCGUUUUUAAGGUGGUAAAUAACAAUCGCAUAAAUGACAUCGGGCAAUGACGCGUUUCAAAAUUCAAAGAAUGAAAUUUUGUAUAUUUUUGUCAAUCUUCUUAUUCGGCCAAAUCGUGGUGUGCAGUGGAAGCUUUCGAGAACGAAGUACCGGCGAUGAUAAACCGCCAACUAAUAUAACCUCAAAAUUGCCUGUUGAAGUUUCGAAUGGAACGAUACAGACGACAACGUUAAUGUCAAAAGAGAGCAUAGAAGAAGGUCAUCAAACGUCCUUGAAUUCUGGAGCACUCCUACGUGGCUUUUGUGUCUUUAUAGGAUUGAGCAUUUUGGUUAUGGCCUAUAUCGUGUUCCGUAAUUUUAGGUUAAGUAAAACGCGAGCACAGAUGAUUCGAAAGUACGGUAUUCUUGCUCAUAGGCAAGAUGUUGAAAUGCGACCAUUACCACUAGAUGAAGAAGACGACGAAGAUACUACUGUUUUUGAUGCCAGCAAUGUUUUGACUAAUAAUGCUCAACAUCUAAACUUAUGAAACUGUUUCCGUUAGGAACAUUUCAUUUUCUGUGCUUUUAUGUAUGAUAUAUUAAUAAUAUGCCUCUUUAACAGUUUGUUGAAUGGAACUAAUCUUUUCAGAAAUGGCAUUUGUACAAAACAAGAGAAAAAAGAUACUUUGUACUUGUAUCUUUAUUUAAUGGCAUUAUUAUAUUAUUAACAAAAAAAAAGCCAUUAUAUUCGUGCAUAUUGGCUGUAAUGAUUCUGCUAUGUAGCAUUGAAUAUAUCAUUAUUGACAAAAUAUUCUUUGUCUUUCUAAUGCAAAUAUACUAUAUAUAUAUAGUACUAUCAAAUUUGCGGCACCAAAUGUAUUGAUAAAAAAAUAUCGGGUUGCCACAUCUACUACUACACAAAGUAAACUAUGUUGUUAUAAUUAAAACUAAACAAAUACAGAUUAUCUCUAUUUUAUUUAAUGCUAAACAUUUAAUAAAAAUUAUGAAUAAAAUGGA